GGACUCGUCACAACGAACCUGUAAUUUUGCCAGGUCAGUUUCCUAAGGUGUCGCCUCUGAACAAAACCAAAUCACAGAACAGUCAAAGAAAGACUACUAGGAUACGAAAUAUGGAAUAUCAUCCUGGCACGUCUUGUAUGGGCCAGUGAUUCCCUGGCACCAGUGGAAGAUCCUCCGCAACAAUUUAAGACAAGUGCUCCAAGAUGUCGGCGCGUAGCGAAAAAAGAUCUUUGUUGCGCACGCUCAUCCUAAGUCGAGUUCAAAAGUAGGCGCUACAGGGAGUCGCUGGGAUGUACCACGAUAUCCCCGGCCUGUAGCCCAACUGUCUAAGCCCUGCUGGGGUGUGCAGCCCAGGGUUGACUUCCAAAGUGCACACCCACCCCGUCGUUCUGGUUGGAGAUUUCGCUAGCCCCGUAGCUCUCCCAUCCCUGUCUCUGACCCUCCUCUUGACGAAAGAAGAGAGAUCUCUUCCUGCUUUCCUCAUCCGGUCUUGUUUCUCUUUUUCGUUCACCUAACGGCGUCCGUCGUCUUGCAUUGAUUUUGAACUGGCUUAAUCCUUCGAUUUCAACUUUCUACACCAUUGAAUAAGAAAGUUAGGCGACACCUGAUCUAUUAUAAACAGCUCCCUUUCGUAUCCCUGCCAGGCGCCUGGGACGUUUCUAUUUGAAAUCUCACGCCUAGUUUCGGCCACUACUAUUCGGCUCAUUCAUCUCUUCUACUCAUUCCCAACAAUCUAUUCGCACAUCUCUUACAGCUGGCUGCUUCACUGUCUUUUCAAUAUCUAUCCAGCUAUUAUCUAAUAUCUAAAAGUCCUUUGGUUGCGCUCCAGGACACGUUUGUCAACUGUUGCCGGCCAGUUCACAGUGGUUUACCCGUCAAGCUGCUCUUGAUUCAUCAGCACCAACCACGCAUCGUUGCAAGAGCGUUUCAAACACCCAACAACUCUCUGGGUAUCGGUUCUGACGGUACCCUAUAGUGUUAUCCACGCUGGAUCAUCAGCCAUCUAGCCUGUAUAGACAGGCAAAUUCUCUUGCUGAGAGCAUUGUCGCCGCCAGUGCCGAGUCAUCUACAGCCACGACACCCAACUCACCACGCACCCCAACUACGCCGUCCUGGUCCUCUAUACGACUAUCUAAGUCUCAAAUCGUUGGCAACGUUGCAACUGAACAGCAUCGGUCCACCCUUCAAUGCGACUAUCCUAAGGAGGAGCAUCGCGGAGGAUAUUUCAUUUCGAUGUCGCAGACGCAUCCAGCGCCUCGGCCUGCAUCUUACCCAGCAUCACGCCUCGAGUCAAACUCUGGGAGCUUAAUUUCUGUCCAGCAUAUGCAGAACGAUGAAAGAUCCAAGUCGAGACUCGGGAACCUACACCAACAGACGACGCAAUCCUCCAACUCAAUAGGCAUGUACAGCAUAUUAAAUCCUCCAGGGCGUCCAUCGCCUCAGCAAGGAGGAGUUGGGCCAAUCCAACUUCCUCCACGAUCUUGGGAACAUGGUAGCACAAGACCAUCUUCAACGAAUCCGGAGAGCACUAAAAUUCCUCGCUCAUUCUUAGCUACCUCGUCUCCUCCAGCUUCAAUGCCUGCAAGCAGCGCCGUCACCCCUUCUGGCGUCCCAACUCAGUCGGAGAGAAAGUCACCAGCAGCCAGCCUUCCUUUCCCACCAACAGAAGCCCCCCGAAAGAUCCUUAGUCCAACGUCUCCUCGGCGAUCUAGCAAUCAUAGAGAAAGGCUGGCGGAAUAUGAUGCGCGAGGAAAUCUCAUUGGAGGCGCUGUUGCUGGAGCUAAAAGGCCGUACGAGCAUGGUCCAACGGAGCCACAUGCCUCAGUUCCCCGGGGUCAUCAUGGCCAACAGAAUGGAUACUACGCACACACGGCUGCACCCCCUUCACUGCCACACGGAGGCCCCGGGAGACAACCUGAGUAUCCUCGUGGGCCUCCUGCACCUGUAGAUGCUCAUGGCCGCCCGGUACCACCCUAUGGGCCUCAACAUCACGGUGCACCUGCUCCAAUACAGUCAACCCCCGAGACAACCUCUGCCUGGCAGGAUGGUGUGCACCGCCAACAUGGGCCUAUCAUGACCACGGAGGGACAGCACGCAUAUAUCCAGCUUCCAGGAAGCGCUGUCCCUAUUCCUAUCGAAGUAGACUAUUCCCAUGCUUCACGAAAGGCAGAUGAGAAGCGCCAACGAAAUGCCAAAGCCUCUACCAGACAUCGUCGGAAGAAGAAGACUCUCCAAGAGGAAACUAUACGACAGUUACACGAGCUUAAAGAGGAGCGAUUCGAAAUAUCGCAUCAAGCCGAGGAACUUGCUAGACAACGAGACUUUUAUAAAGAGGAGCGAGACCGGCUACGAGAUCUAGUGGCCAGAACACCCGGUAUUAGCCACCAUGCAACCGGCCCUCCCAGUCCAGUUCUUUCAACCCAACUUCCUCCGUACCCAGGGCAUAGUCCUGAAAGCCAGCCUAGACAUGGGGCAGAUGGUUCCAAUCGAUUUGAUAGCGAAACGCCAUCUGUGGAGCGCCAGCCUACCCGUCAGAGAUCGGAUGAGCCAGCCGAGCUGCAUACUAGGCAUAGCGCAACACUAGGUGCGAACCCAACGCCACUCCCACCGAUUCACAGCACCAAUACUGGUGUUCCGCCACGUCCGCUAUCGGCUGCCUCAUCGGCCCAAAGCGAAAGAUUACCUUCCCUGCGAACUAUUGAUGGAUCUCUGUCGCAUUCCGAGCUUGGUCCUGAUCAAAAGCGACACAGCGGUCAAUGGAUGCCGGCUCAAAUGCGUCUACAUGAGACUGGUUUUGCAACGAACCAUCGAUAUAUGGGCGAUUCUCACAGCCGCUAAUCCCAACCAAAGAAAUUAAAAAAACAAGAAGAACAAUUGGAUCAUUCCUUGAAACGAGAAUAGGUUUGAAGCUAUAAUGCCUCAACCGCAACAGCCGGGCAACUGGCACAAACGUCACCGUUUGGUAAAAAAAAAAACAAGAAAAUGAGAUCAUAGUUGAUCAUAGGCGUCGGCGCCUGUAAAUUAUCCUUUGAGCAUUUGCAUAUCACGUUUACUUCAGCUAAUUCUUUUAAUCCCUGUUUCAAUUCUGGGAGGUGUUUGAUGGGGGGGCUCUAUAUACGAGCAUAGCACAGUGGUCCUAUUGGGCUUGUUUUUAUCACAAGAUGUUUUUUUUUGCUACCUCUGUUUUCUUUGGGUAAAGCUUCCCUUAUAUACCAGUUUGCUUGUUUGUUUAUCUAUUUAAUUGCCUUUCUACGUCUGCGAAGCUGUCGAUGCCGGAAUGCUUUUGUUAACUCCAAUACAUAUACCCCCUGC